AUGGAAUCGGAUAUCGGGCUUAUUCACGUUACGAACAACCAUGGGGCGCGCACGGAAGGCUACGGCGGUAACCCCGAGGCGGUUGGCGACUCCGCCUACCCCGCGGACCACCCUCUUUCCGAAGAAGUGGCGGAUAUCCGCCUCCUCACGAAAGGUUUCAUCGCGGAGUUUCGGAUCAAGAACAGCUUCCUUUAUAUGGAUAUGCUCCGCGGAAACCUCGCGGCCGGGCUUUUCUUUCUCGAGCUCCAAAUGGCGCACCUCCAGCAGUACAGCGGGGCGCUUUUUAACACCCUUCAACACCACCCAACUCGGGUGUUGCCGGCGAUGGAGCACGCGAUUUGGGAGGUGGCGCGGGAGCAUCGUCUGUUCCCCCGCCUCGCGCGCCCGACGUCGAUCCAGGUGCAGCUUUUUUGGGGCGUUCCGCCGACCUUGUUAAGGCAACUCGCGCACGCCCCCGUCGCGCAACUGCUCUGCGUGAGUGGGAUCGUCAUUAAGUCGAGCGCGGCGCACCCGCGAUGCGUUCGCGCCGCGAUCCAAUGCACGAGUUGCCGGAGUAAAACGUACAUCAACGGCGGCGGUCGUGCGGUGGAGCUGCCGCCGCAAUGUUUGGAAAACCAAGGCGGCCAUGCGGCCGGCGGGGGACGGCCUGGGGGGAAAUGUCGGCCCAACCCCUAUGUCCUCCUCCCCACCGCCUCGGAAUAUGAGGAUCAACAGGUGGUGAAGCUGCAGGAAUUGCCCGAAGACGUCCCCACCGGCGAGCUCCCACGCCACCUCACCGUCGUCGUGGAUCGCUACCUGGUCGAUCGGGUCACCCCCGGGGCGCGGGUGCAAAUCGCCGGGAUCGUCGCCGUUCAGGAAAAACGCGGCGGCGGAUGGGGGGGGGGGCGGGAAGGGUAA